CCUCCAGUGAGCAUAUCGAAUCAUUCUCACAUUUCCUUUCAAAAUGGAACAAGAUUUACAAAUAAAGAAAAGGCCCUUUAAAAAAUAUACCUUUCGUGGUGUAGAUUUGGAUCAGCUACUAGAUAUGACACUCGAUCAGUUAAAGUCGCUGUUAACAGCCAGGGCCAGAAGGAAAUUGAAUCGAGGUUUACCUAAAAAAGCAGAGAACUUUCUAAAGAAACUUAGGAAAGCUAAAAAAGAAGCUCUAGCACUGGAAAAGCCCGAGGUUGUCAAAACUCAUUAUCGUAAUAUGCUUAUUUUGCCUGAAAUGAUAGGAAAUAUUAUUGGUGUCCAUAAUGGAAAAUCCUAUACCCAAGUGGAAGUUAAACCUGAAAUGAUUGGACAUUAUCUAGGUGAAUUUGCCAUUACAUAUAAGCCUGUUAAGCAUGGCAGACCAGGUAUUGGUGCAACACAUUCUUCAAGAUUUAUACCACUAAAAUAAUUGAUUUUUAAGAUAUGUCAUAUUUAUAUAAUUAACAAUAAAGUGUAUUAUUUAAUCUGAAAUAUUGAAUCAACAGAUUUUAA